AUGGGAGGUCCAGUGACGGGACGCUGUGUCAGCGGUCUAGUGACAGGACGCUGGGUAGGAGGUCUUAAGACGGGACGCUGGGUGGGCGGUCUAGUGACGGGACGCUGGAUGGGAGGUCCAGUGACGGGACGCUGGAUGGGAGGUCCAGUGACGGGACGCUGUGACAGCGGUCUAGUGACAGGACGCUGGGUGGGCGGUCUUGUGACGGGUCGCUGUGUGGGUGGUCUAGUGACGGGUCGCUGUGUGGGCGGUCUAGUGACACGACGUUGGGUGGGUGGUCUAGUGACGGGACACUGUGUGGGUGGUCUAGUGACAGGACGCUGGGUGGGCGGUCUAGUGACGGGACGCUGGAUUGGAGAUCUAGUGACAGGACGCUGGGUGGGUGGUCUAGUGACGGGUCGCUGUGUGGGCGGUCUAGUGACACGACGCUGGGUGGGUGGUCAAGUGACAGGACGCUGGGUGGGUGGUCUAGUGACGGGUCGCUGUGUGGGCGGUCUAGUGACACGACGCUGGGUGGGCGGUCUAGUGACAGGACUCUGGGUGGGCGGUCCAUUGACGGGACGCUGUGUGGGCGGUCUAGUGACACGACGCUGGGUGGGUGGUCUAGUGACACGACGCUGGGUGGGUGGUCUAGUGACGGGACGCCGGGUGGGCCGUCUAGUGACGGGACGCUUGGUGAGCGGUCAUGUAGGUGGCUUGAUUGGUCACUGUGGUACUAAAGUUUCAGAUCUGUAA